AUGGCUUCUUCACACCGGCCCCGCAAAAAGCGAAAGAACGACUUCACCUCAUCAAGCAGCUCGAAUGGCACACUCUACGUAUCCCCUACAACGGCAAAAGAGCAGCCAGCUUUUCCCCUCGUAGCCUUCUUCUGGCCUGCCAAGGGCACUCAAUCGCAAUGGAUCACCCUACCCUGUAUAUUGAUGGUCACUGGUCUCUUCCGAUGGUGCACAGCAAUGUGGAAGUACUCAGGCUUCCAAACUCCUCCAAUGCAUGGCGACUUUGAAGCACAGCGACACUGGAUGGAGCUUACUACCAAUCUUCCCAUGACGCAUUGGUAUUUUCAUGAUCUGCAGUGGUGGGGAUUGGACUACCCUCCCUUGACCGCUUACCAUUCGUGGAUUCUUGGCUGGCUAGGAAGUUUGAUCAACAAGGACUGGUUCGCACUCUAUCUUUCCCAUGGGCUCGACGAUCCGGAUUUGAAAGUCUAUAUGCGGGCAACGGUAUACGUGUCUGAGCAUUUGACCUACAUCCCGGCUGUCUAUAUUUGUGUACGCCAUCUUGCAAGGCUGCAUGGCAUCAACCCUUGGGAAUCAGCAAUUGCAUUGACGGCGAUCCUGCUACAGCCUGCAACCAUCCUGAUCGAUCAUGGACAUUUCCAAUACAACACGGUCAUGCUGGGCUUUUUUGUUGCUGCAAUCUCGAGCAUGAUGGCAGGUCGUGCACUUUGGAGCUGCGUCUUCUUCGUAGCCGCGCUGGGCUUUAAACAAAUGGCUCUCUUCUGGGCACCAGCAGUGGCAGCAUACCUCGCCGGAAGCUGUCUAUUCCCGCGUGUCCGUGUCGGGCGACUGUUCAGCAUCACCCUCGUUACUCUUGCUUCCUUCGCACUUCUCGUGCUUCCACUAGCAGUGGGAACCUUCUACGACACUUACCGCGACGUUUCUCUCCCAUCGGACGCCGUCCUACCACCUCUGCUUGACGCCAUCCCUAUGCAGCUCAACGAUCAGUCUUGGUAUUAUCCUUACCUCGUUCAGCUCGCGCAGUCUAUACAUCGAAUCUUCCCCUUUUCUCGUGGGCUCUUCGAGGACAAGGUAGCCAACAUUUGGUGCGCCAUCCACGCUUCAGCAGUGCACAAACUCCACGUCUACGAUCAAUCCCUACUCAGCCGUGCAGCGCUCGGCCUGACCCWCCUUUCGAUUCUGCCACCCUGCUUGAUUCUCUUCUUCAAUCCGAAGAAGCAGCUGAUCCCCCUCGCCAUGGCCGCCACUUCAUGGGGAUUCUUCCUUUGCUCUUACCAAGUUCAUGAGAAGAACGUCCUAUUACCUCUCCUCCCCAUGACACUCCUCCUCGCGACUGAGGGAGGUAUGAAACCUGCUGUCCGCGCGUGGGUUGGGUAUGCGAAUGUUGUGGCUUGCUGGACAAUGUUUCCACUCCUCGCAAGGGAAGAUUUAAGGAUGCCAUAUCUCGUCCUAACAUCACUUUGGGCGUACUUGAUGGGACUGCCGCCUUUCAGCAUCAGCGCAUACACGCAAUCUAGUGAGGCGGGUGGCGUCAACAUCCUAACUACAGUCAUCCAUCUGGGAACUUAUGCCGCUGCCCUUGGUUGGCAUGCCGUGGAAUUAUUCGUGCUGCCACCAAGCGACAAACCAGAUUUAUGGAUGGUGGCGAACGUCUGCCUCGGAGCUGCGGCUUUUGGCUUGUGCUAUCUCUGGUGUCUAUGGAAUCUCGCUAUGGAGAGCGGAGUCCUAGGUGUUGUAGGAAUCAGCAAAUCGCGGGAGAAGAAGACACAAUAG